ACUACCGGCCAUUCAUUACAAACAUCCAACGCGAAUCGCAAUGCAGUCGCGGCACUAGCAAUUCCAAAUUCAAAAUUAUCAAAACCGCGCGCCCGCGUUUUUCAAUUUUGACAACAGCUGUCAAUUUGCGCGCGACCAGUUCUUGUGUUUUUUUUUUUCACUAUUUAAACAGCCAAGCUAUACAGCAUGUCCCACAACUGCAAGUCAACAUACGCCACCGCGACGACGCGUGACGCUAACAACAACACCCUGUAUCAUGGUGGACCCACCCCAGGCUUCGGCAGUCGGGGAUACAACCCGCCAAACGUCAGCAGCAAUGGAAACUAUCAGCAAGUGACGGCGAAAGUGCUUUUCGGCAGCGUGACGGCGAUCAAUGACCUCAAACGGCAGGAGAAGACCGGGCGGGAUGAGCGGCGGAAGCACUAGCGACAUCUGACAAAGGAUUAUGCACAUGUGAUACAAAGAUACAAAUGGAAGCUAAGGAUAUGAUCUCGGAAAAGAGUUUUAUUGACAAUAUAGAUUGUUAUAAUUUACCUAGUUUAAAAAUAAUAGAUAUAUAUUAUUUUUAAUACAUAUAACGUUACGCUCCACUACAACGACAACAAAAACAAAUAAUUAUUACUUAGAAUUAUUUUAAAGUACUUAACGAUUUUCCAACGCAAUAUUAUUAAAAAAAAAAAUUCUCCAAUUCCAUUUUUAAAAAUCAUAUAAAUUUUAUGAGCUCACUCAUCUAUGUUCAAUAAAAUACGCAAAAACCUCUGUUUGGGAUGUUUUAAUGUGAAACUUAUUUUUUAUACCUAUCCUUUACCUAAUCAAAUUGUUGAAGGGUGACGAAUUUAUUCUCUUAAUUAAAUAAAAUAUAUUUACGUUAAAAAGGUAGAGUUAUAGAUGUAUUUUAGAAUUAUCGUAAUGUAACUUGUAAGUCAUAUAGGUAUUAGUUAAGUUUGUCAUUUUUGUACUUUUUUAAUAAAAUUGAAAUUAUUUUG